AUGAACGGUCUGCAAAAAAUUCUGCUCAUCCAUGUUCUGAGAUGUCUCGGACAAAUUGGUAAGAAUUACAAUUCUUGGUUAUUUUUCUUGGGCAGUUUCAUUGAGUUUAAGCCUUAUGUGGAUUUUUUAUUUUUUUUUGUAGCACAUGGAAGUAACAUCAUAAAUGGGAAAGCAGCCCCAGAGAAUGCAAUGCAGUACAUGGUCUCAGUGCAGAAUAAUAAUGGUCAUGUAUGUGGAGGGUUUCUUGUCACAGAAGACUUUGUGGUCACUGCUGCACACUGUGACAUUGAGAACCCCACACAUGUUGUUCUCAGCAACCACAAUCUGAAGAAGGGUCAUCAAAUAAAAAUUAAAAACAGAAUCAAGCACAGCUCUUAUCAAAAUGUUUGGCUGGGGAAUGAUAUCAUGCUCCUUAAACUGUCAAGGAAAGCUCAACUAGGUUGCCAUGUGCAAAUAAUUCAGCUUCCAUGUGCUGAAAUAAACCUGAAAGAAAAUGAAAUCUGCCAGGUGGCUGGUUGGGGGAAAACUAGAACUGGUGGUGAAACUGUUGAUCAGCUGAGAGAGGUGGACGUGUCUGUCAUUAAUCCACAAGUCUGUCGGGAACAGUGGCCUGGUCUUCCCGCCAAUGUUAUCUGCGCAGGUGGAUAUGGCACAAACAAAGGAUUCUGUCAGGGUGAUUCUGGUGAUCCUCUGGUGUACAAUGGGUUAGUUGUGGGUGUUGCUUCUUUCAACAAAAAUUACAACUGCACUUAUCCAGAUGUACCCAAUAUCUACACAGACAUCUCCAAAUACCUCCCGUGGAUCAAUGAAAUUCUGACAACCUCCUAAAAAUGUAUUUUUGUAUUGGUAGAAGCAAAAAGAAGCAUUUUGUCAUCUGUCGUUGCUAUCAGUGACAAAAAAAACAGAAAUAAAAAC